AUGGCAUCGUCAGCUCCACCCCGGCGAUUCAAGGUCGAACCAAUCGAGACAACCAUCACAUCCUCCAAAGACAAGCAUCAGGCAGACCAUGUCGAGAGGCCAAAGCCGCGGAGGUUUUUGCCUCAACCCAUCGAGACGACAACAUCGAGCUCCAAAGCCAGCCGUAAAUUCGCGCCCCAGCCCAUCGAGACUACCAAGAAAACGAACCGUAGAUUUGCUCCAGAGCCUAUUGAGACGACCAAGAAAUCAAACCGGCGUUUUGCCCCCGAGCCUAUAGAGACCACAACGAGAAGUAGCCGCCAGAAGUUCGCCAAGGACUGGGAAGAGCAAACAUCCCCCACAGGGAAGUUCAAGGCCAAUCCCAUGGAAACGGCAUCUCCCUGUAAUGGUCAGCUCAAGGGUUUCAUAAGGCAGACUCCGAAGAGAUUCAGACCUCAGUUGAUUGAGAUAGCCCAGAGAUCUCGAAAAGCAGGCGACGACACGCCUACACUUCUCCCUCAAGACAAGACCGAGGCAACUCCAGACUCAGCCAUCAGCGCGCGCAAAGCACGGAUACUGGGAAUAUCGCCUUCGCCACCCACGCCGCCAACGAACACGCCAACAUUUGACAUGUCCCAGAAUCCUCUAUUCUUGGAGAUACAGCGCAACUGUUCACCUUUGUCCAGGCGAAGAUCAUACUUCAGUUCUUCACAGCACUCAUUCCGCGUGCCCGACUUGGAUCCGAUUGAAUCCUCAGAGUCAGAAGCGUCAGCCCCGUCGUCACCGUCGACUGAGUCACCACCGCCCUACAGCUCUGAUCAUUCUUUCAUGUACAAAGAGGCCACUCGACGACGUGAGAGUGUAGACGAUAGAUCUGCUGGCUAUCUACUCAAGUUGGCCGCCAAGGCUGCCGAGAAGCAGCUUCGGGAGCAGGCGUUAGCUGCGUUUCCUAACAGCGAGUUUCACGAGCCUGUGGCUCACUACGUAGACCGUGACACAGAAGAAUCCGAGCCAUCGCUCACCGAGGCGAAGCCCCAAGAAGAAUCGUCUUUUACUGAGGUCAAUUGGGACUUGGAGACUAUGCGGAAGUUUCAAGAAGCCCAGAUGGCCGAGAAAGAAAAGCAGGAUCAGACGGAGAACGCGAAGCCUGCGUUUAGUCCUUUCGGCAACCCAGCCGGCUUCCUUGAUGCUGCUACGGCCAAGAAGUUUGCGAAGGAACGGCGAGACCCUGAACUGGAACGUCAACGGAGAGAAGCUCGCCCCCCAAUGCUCGGACAAGAAAUCAGGUUCCCACGUUGCCAGUCGCCAGAACCAUCACGUUUCGAUCCCACUCAAGGGUGCGACGCAGUAAGAACGGCCAUGUGCUAUUUGUCUGAACAGUCCAAGGCUGCUUCCGAAAAGGGUGAGAGCCUUUGGUGCGGCCAGGGGAACGGCAGGCAAACUAGCACCACGCCAUCUCUUUGGUCUACUGCCAACAGCCGUGCCUCAAGCACCCACGGUUUGUGGGGGGGCAUGUGCGUCAAUGGGGGCGACAAGUCCCCACGCGGACCGACGGGUCUUAUGACGCCAUUCCAUGAGAAGCCAAAUCCAAUGUCUCCUUGCCCAACACCCGCUACGAGCUUGUUGCCACCCACACCUCCCGCAUCCAGCUCUGGGGCCACAUUUGGAGGGGACUUCUCGGGUAUAGAUGAAAAGCUCGCCGUCGAGCAAACCAUCGAAGAAGAGUUUGGCGACGACUUUGUCACUCAGGUGUACAAUUACUUGUCGCUCGGCUAUCCAUCCAUGGCCCGGCCUUUCGAUGAAGAACUGUCGAAAGUCUCGAAUAUAUCCAUCUCUGAGCUGAGGCAAGACGACCACCUUGCCACAUCCCGUGGUUACAUCCGUCUAGGGAAAGACGGUAAUUUAAAGGAUACAGAAAUUACCGAGGAGACAUGCAUGCGAUGGCGCGCCUUGCGCAUCUACAUUCAGGAGUGGGCCAGGCAGCACCCUAAUAUGGCUGAGGAUGAGUUCCUGGGUGCGGGACGUGGGACAGCUGUAAGAAAAGGCAGCUGGGCGCUUUAGCCAAGCGUCAACACUCGACUCUGGUCAUCUUCUACAGUAUCUUUAUUUCUGAUUUAGCGUGUACAUAGAGUGGGUUAUUGUUUUGCACUUGGAGGGUGCAGGGUCCAUCAUUUGCCCUGCAUUAUAUGGCUUGGUUAUUGUUACCCGGUCGUAGAUCUCUCAUAGAGUUGUUCUUUUAUUCUCCGCCGGGAAUUUGUCGUACAAUAGCGGUAUUGGGUCCGGAGUAUUAUUAUCCUGGGGAGUGUACGUAUAUUUGUUUGGGAUAGUCCUUGUAAUCAAGAAGUCUUGGUC